AAGAAGGAGAAGACAGAGGAAACGCAGACCUCAGACCAGCCCACUUCGCCUCACUGUCCUUUCUCUCUGUUCCCGGUGUCCUUAGACAAAUCUGACCGCGGAUCAGCAGCACUCGGGUUCCCUCCACACUCAGUCGCACCAACUGGGACUCCAGAGGAAAUCGUGUUCGUCGUCAGCCAAGUCCGCACGCUCAACUCAAGACACAUCCAUAGCAGACCACGGCGAAGGGAACGGGCGGUGUGACGAGAAGGGACUAAAAACCAACUGCUGGUAGAAACAACAGAGGGGUUUAAUGCAAAAACACAUUUAGCGGCGAGAGGAGAGAAGACUGCCUGCUCCGAGAAGAAGUAGUAACCGACGCGAAGCUAAUUUCCAACAUUUUCUAUUAUUGGCUGCGAGAGUGUGCUCUCCCGAGCCACAUUUUAUAAAGAGAGCUAGCGGAAUGUAAUGCUAGCAAGCUAGCUAAUGUUAGCUAGCUAAUUAGCUUGUUAGGCAUCCAAGAGUCGGACGUGAUCUUUAUUAAAAUAGGUCACGGUUAGGCGUCGUUGUACUUUUUUUGGGGGGGAAACAGCUGUACGUAAUUUGCUUUGUCCAGAAUCCUGGCAUGGUCAUAAUGUUCUGCCUCGAAUAGCUAACGCCAAGUUAGACAAUAAACAGGACCAGCUGCCUAUAUUGAUGUAAACCAGUUUAGUAUUAUCCGUCUACGCUUUUUUUUUGGGAAAAGCUAAAUCCUUUGUGAAUAUCGAGCUGUGGACAAAUCAAACGGAAAAGGCAAAGGUACAAAAUACAAGACUUUUGACUGGUGACUGUCUGCCGUCCAAUGUUAAUGUCGACCGACGUUGCAUCUAUAAUGAUACCCGUUAGUCGGGGAAUAAUGGAAAGAGACAUUGAUACCACAGCCGGACCCCUUGCAAACGCGGCCGGGGGUCCAGCAGCUGUCCGGGGGAUGAAGCGAGGAGACCCGGCGGAGCCCGACGCUCAAACAGCCGCUGCCCUGACGGACUUAGCCGGGGCGGAGUGCAAAAGACCCAGGAUAGACGGAACCGGGAGUGUUGUUGGUGAUAUUGGACAGAACAAUGAGCCUUUAAACCCCGGUUUCCAUGGAUACCCACCCCACAGUCAGGGCUCUCAGGAUUCGACAGGAGGACAGGAGGGAUUGGUGGCCCCGCCCUUUUCACCGUUCCCCCCUCCACCCCCUCCUCAAAACGGGCUAGCAGGGACAGAGUUUGUCCCAGGGGCCAUGUUUGGUGCUGGGGGCCAAGGCCCAGCAGAGUUGGGGGCUGGUGCUAAUGGAGCCACCACCAAUACCACCAACAACAACAACGGAAAGACAGAGGAGGUGUCCCAGGGUGAGGCGGGCGUACAGUGCGGCACAGGAGGCUCAGGAUCCGGAGGCUCUGUGGGAGACCCCUCCGAGGCCAAAGGGACCCCCAAACGCCUCCACGUCUCAAACAUCCCCUUCCGCUUCCGGGACCCUGACCUCAGGCAGAUGUUUGGGCAAUAUGGGAAGAUUCUGGACGUAGAGAUUAUUUUCAAUGAGAGGGGCUCAAAGGGUUUUGGCUUUGUGACUUUUGAGACCAGCGCAGACGCAGAGAAAGCCAGGGAAAAGCUCCACGGCACAUUGGUGGAAGGUCGUAAGAUUGAGGUGAAUAAUGCCACGGCCAGGGUGAUGACCAACAAGAAAAUGGUCAGCCCCUACCCUAAUGGAGAGGCUCUCAGCACGCUGCCUUAUGCGGGCUGGAAGCUGAGUCCUAUGAUGGGGGCCGUGUACGGACCAGAGAUCUACGCAGUCCCAGGGUUUCCUUAUCCUUCAGCAGCGGCAGCAGCCACCACAGCAGCCGCAGCGUUCCGCGGCGCCCACCUCCGGGGCCGAGGCCGGCCCGUCUACAGUGCUGUGCGGGCUGCCGUGCCUCAGCCUGCCAUCCCUACCUACCCUGGUGUGGUGUAUCAGGAUGGGUUUUACGGAGCUGCAGACUUAUACGGAGGCUACCCUGCCGCUGCUGCUGCUGCUGCCGCCGCCGCUUAUCGCUACGCCCAGCCGGCCGCCGUAACCGGAGCAACCGCCGCAGCUGCUGCCUACAGCGACAGUUAUGGCCGCGUGUACACUACAGAUCCCUACCACGCUUUAACUCCAGCCGCUGCUGCUUACGGAGUGGGAGCAAUGCAGCAAUCAUUGUCCGUAGAAGGACUCAUGGCACUGCAAGCCAGUUUAUACCGGGCAGGAUACAGUAGGUUUGCUCCUUACUAAAACCACAAAUCACACCCGAGGAAUUUCACAUCGCUCCAAAAACCCUUUUUCAAGCUCUUUGUUUGGCAGCAGCUCCCCUCCAUUUUUUUUUUUCCUGCAGGCGGACUAUAGUUACAACUCGUGUGUUUUGUUUUUGUUUUUCUUAUAUAUAUAUAUAUAUUUUUUUUUUUUUUUCCGUGGCGAGAGAGAGAUCAUAUGCCACAUCAUCAACUCAAACUCUUUCUGUACUCCUCUGUCUGUCGCCGACGCGGAAACGAUGACAAAACUGCCAGGAGUGUCACCCACAUUAAAAGCCGGAGUCUGCUACUUUGAACUACGGGGCACAAAUAGGACGGUUUUUAAAACACUACGGGACCUGGACGGAGAGAGACUGCUGUUCCUGUGUGAUCCUGCACACCCUUUUUUGUUCCUAUAAGUUUCUGAACUAACAGUAUAUCCACUGCCCUAUAAGACCUAGUCAGACCUAUGUACUCACUACAUACACACGAAGUAUACGGUUUCCUCUACAUGUUUCUUUUAGUGUUGGCCUGCACACAAUGAUGCCACAGCACAGCGUUACUGUAAAAGGUACUCCUGUUUUUAAACACUACAUUGACGUAAAGCUACAGCCCUGUACAGCAGAGACGUCCCUCUGGUUUAGCAUCGUGGUAUAAUAAUGAAACUCGGACUGCUUAAUACGGAAGAUGUAGGAAUUAUUCUUUGUCUUGUCAUUUUGUGAAAGCCGGAAUACCGAAACACUCAGCCGGAGGGAAUUGGGAGCAUCUGACUGACAGAAACCACUGUUGUCCUGGUAACAACAAAAACAGCAUGGGAAUUUUAUUUUAUUUUUUUUCAUUUUACAACAUUUCACUACUUACCCCGAAAAAGAAUGUUUAAAAAAAAAAAAAAAAAAGUGGCUUUUUCUGCGUUACCUCAGUUUGUUUUCUUUCAUCUAUUCAGUGUUUGCUGCCAUUGAUAAGUUGUCAUUCUAUAUACCGUGGACGUGUUGGAGCUGUCCAUUAUCUUCAGCGACAGAGCCGUUCAUUUGUCCUUAUUGCUGGUCUACACAUAUUCCAUUUAUCACUGUAACUGCAACACUACGACGGGACGUAGACUCAGUUUGAACUGUAUGCAUGCCCAUUUAGAAAAAUGCCGUGCGCCUCCCCCUCUAAGGCUCUUCCUCGGAGCUGCUCAUAGUACUUCUUCCAAAAAAGGACUCGGCCCAUUUCUCUCCGUCUCCUUAAACCGUCAGACAUUCCAGCUGCAGCGGCGAUGCAGUGGAUGAACUGGUCAGAUGGCAAAACAAAAAAUGAAACCCAUCGAACACACAAAUGAACUAGAUUUAGCAGAUUGGAAGCGGGAACACCCACACGGGAAGCUAAUCAUCUGCCAGUCAGCCAAAUGGGAAUCCCUCCUGGCCAAUUGAGAUAUUUCUGCCUACAGGCUGCUCUGUGCGUGGAAACUCAGCAGAACAGCAGAUCCCAACAGAACAGCCCAGAUUAGAAUCCAUCUGAAACAAAGAGAUUGUGUGAUGAAGUCUUGGAAGUAACGAGAACGAAUCAGUUUUUUUCUAUUUAUAUGCAUCAGUUAUUUUUAAACGCCACAUGUCCACAUCAUUUUGUAAUUUUAAAAUCCUUCAUUAUACUCUCUGGGAUUGCUCGGUCCGAAUAGUGUUCAAGUCCUCCUUUACCAGUCUGUGUGAAGGCAUCAUGAAACGACCGCAAGCCAGACUAUUAAUAGACCAAGUCUCUGUCCUGUAUGUAUCACAUCUCCAUAUACUCUCACUAUGUUCUUAUUGCUAUUAUUUGCCUUUUUUGGUUCCAAAGAUUUUCUGAAGAAAGCACAUUUUUGGUCCUGAUGUAUUUCUUAGUUUUGUGGUUGAUUCUUUUUUUGUGCCUUUACCUUAGUUUGUUAUAUUGUAUUGUUAUUUUAAUCAGUGGGUUGCAGGUGUAUUUUUCAGCACAGUGUUGAAAGGGCACCCUGGGAAAUGUCCUAAAAGCAGCAUCUA